CCGUACGGAGGACGGGGAGCAAGCGUGGAAGAUAAUCUGAUAAGCUCCCAUUCCGCAAAGUGGACGAUAAAAUGUCCACCCAGGUAUCGAUACGGUGUUGCCGAUGAUUGCCGAUGAACAGUGUUCGCAGAUCACGAGAAUGGACUUUAUUUUUUUGACACUAUGUACUCUUUGCAUUAUUAUGAUAAUUUACGCAGUUUCGUCGAUAGUGCAUCAUGAGUAUGUUCUUCGACAGAAACUUAAAAAUAUUCCCCAAACCGGCGGAUAUCCUCUUAUUGGAAUGACAUUUGAGCAAAUAACACUGUCGGAGUAUGAACGCAUAACAUGGUUUAUAAAAUUUAUGGAGAAGUCUAAAGAAGGAAUAUUCGUACAGUGGAUUGGAAGCACGCCUUUUGUUGUCGUGUACAAACCAGAAUAUUUAGAGAUUAUUCUUUCAAGCACCGUAAAUAUCACAAAGGGAAUCCCUUAUAAUAUUAUAAAAGAAUGGCUGGGCAACGGACUUUUGACUUCUACAGGAAAACAAUGGACCCACGAUAGAAAACUCAUUGGGCCAACGUUUCAUUUUAGUAUAUUGAAUCAAUUUGCUGUGGUUAUCUCUGAAAAAGCAGAGAUCUUAAUAAAGUGUAUCGAAAGAAAAAUAGAGAAAGAUUCUGGGAAAGCCUUUGAUAUUUUUUCCCUUAUUGCCAAUGCUGCUCUUGAUAUUAUCUGCGAAACAGCAAUGGGUGUGAACUUACAUGCUCAAGAAGGCACAACCUCAUAUGCAUCAGCAACACGAAUAGCAUCCAAGUCAAUAAUGGACCGGCUAGUUAGACCGUGGUACUGGAUUAAUUCGUUGUAUUAUUUAACGCCUGCAGGGAAGCGGUUCAAAUCAGCCCUUGAUACAUUGCAUGGAUUUACAAGAGAGGUGAUAAGUAAGAGAAAGAUUGAACGACGAUUACAAAACAAUCAUACAUCAGAGGUUGAAAAUGAGAAUGAUGAAUUUGAUAUAGAUAACCGGAAAAAUAAAGCGUUCCUAGAUUUAUUAUUAGAUCAGAAUGCGAAAGAUGACGCUCCCUUGACCGAUGAUGAAUUGAGAGCGCAAGUUGACACGUUCAUGUUUGAGGGAUAUGAAACAACUGCAGUUGCGAUGACUUGGACACUUUUUCUGUUGGGCAAUAAUCUCGAGCAUCAGGAAAAAGUUCACGAAGAACUCAAAGAGAUUUUCGGAGAUUCGGAAAAACCAGCUAGUGUGAAGGAGUUGUCGCAAUUAAAAUAUCUUGACAGAGUUAUAAAGGAGACGCUUCGCAUUUUUCCAAGUGUACCUAUAGUCACGAGAGAACUGGAAGAAGAUGUACAAUUAGAUAAAUAUAUGAUUCCGAAAGGUGUUAAUGUCGCAUUGCCAAUUAUAUUGACACAUCGAUACUCGGAGAUUUGGCCUGAACCAACGAAGUUUGAUCCAGAUCGCUUUCUUCCGGAAAAUUCGAAGCAUAGGAAUCCAUACGCCUACGUUCCGUUCAGCGCUGGACCGAGAAAUUGCAUAGGCCAAAGAUUCGCUCUACUCGAAGAGAAAAUCAUGCUGACUGCUAUUCUCAGAAAGUGGAAGGUGAAAAGCGUAAAAACGAUGGACGCGAUUCAGCACGGCAGCUCUCUUAUUUUGCGACCAAUUGAAGAAUUACCCAUAUGUUUCACGCCAAAGAAAGUAACAAGUGUCAAAGCUAAGAUAUUCAAUCAGGUGUUAAAGAUGCUGAUAAAUAAUUGUAAUGUCAUGGAAAUACUAACGCUGACAUUAGAGACGAUUACGAGAAUGGACUUUAUUUCUUUGGCAUUAUGUACUUUUUGCGUUAUUAUGAUUUACGCAGUUUCGUCGAUAGUGCAUCAUGAGUAUGUUCUUCGACAGAAACUUAAAAAUAUUCCCCGAAUUGGCAGAUAUUCUCUUGGAUUGCUAUUGGAGCUAAUAACAAUGUCGGAGUAUGAACGAGUAAUGUGGUUUAUAAAGUUUAUGGAGAAGUCUAAAGAAGGAAUAUUCAUACAGUGGAUUGGAAGCACGCCUUUUGUUACCGUGUACAAACCAGAAUAUUUAGAGGUUAUUCUUUCAAGCACCGUAAAUAUCACGAAAGGGAUUCCUUAUAAUUUUUUAAAAGAAUGGUUGGGCAACGGACUUUUGACUUCUACAGGAAAACAAUGGUUCCACGAUAGAAAACUCAUUGGGCCAACGUUUCAUUUUAGUAUAUUGGAUCAAUUUGCAGUGGUGCUUUCUGAAAAAGCAGAGAUCUUGACAAAGUGUAUCGAAAGAAAAAUAGAGAAAGAUUCUGGGAAAGCCUUCGAUAUCUUUCCCCUUAUUGUCAAUGUUGCUCUUGAUAUUAUCUGCGAAACAGCAAUGGGUGUAAACUUACAUGCUCAAGAAGCCACAACCACAUAUGCAUCAGCAACACAAAUAGCAUCCAAAUCAAUAAUUAAUCGACUACUUCAACCGUGGUACUGGAUUAGUUCGUUGUAUUAUUUAACGCCUGCAGGGAAGCGGUUCAAAUCAGCCCUUGAUACAUUGCAUGGAUUUACGACAAAGGUGAUAAGUAAAAGAAAGACUGAACGACGAUUGCAAAACAAUCAUACAUUAGAGGUUGAAAAUGAGAAUGAAUUUGAUAUAGGUAACCAGAAAAGGAAAGCGUUUCUAGAUUUAUUAUUAGAUCAAAAUGCGAAAGAUGACGCUCCCUUGACCGAUGAUGAAUUGAGAGCGCAAGUUGACACGUUCAUGUUUGAGGGAUACGACACAACUGCGGUUGCGAUGACUUGGACACUUUUUCUGUUGGGCAAUAAUCUCGAGCAUCAGGAAAAAGUUCAUGAAGAACUCAAAGAGAUUUUCGGAGAUUCGGAAAAACCAGCCAGUGUGAAGGAGCUGUUGCAAUUAAAAUAUCUCGACAGAGUUAUAAAGGAGACGCUUCGCAUUUUUCCAAGUGUACUUACAAUCACGAGAGAACUGGAAGAAGAUGUAAAAUUGGAUAAAUAUACGAUUCCAAAAGGUGUCAAUGCCGUAGUGUCAAUUAUAUUGGCACAUCGAAACUCGGAGAUUUGGCCUGAACCAACGAAAUUUGAUCCAGAUCGCUUUCUUCCGGAAAAUUCGAAGCAUAGGCAUCCGUACGCCUACGUUCCGUUCAGCGCUGGACCGAGAAAUUGCGUAGGCCAGAGAUUCGCUCUACUCGAAGAGAAAAUCGUGCUGACUGCAAUUCUCAGAAAAUGGAAGGUGAAAAGCGUGAAAACGAUGGACGAGAUUCAGCAUGGCAGCUCUCUUAUUUUGCGACCAAAUGAAGAAUUACCCAUGUACUUCACGCCGAAGAAAUGAACAGUUUGUUAGUAGAUACAAGCUUUUUAUAUUUUAAAAAAGCAAAUUUUUAUUAAAAACUUUAAUUCAAAAAUUAUAUACAAUUUUUUUUUAGCAAGCUUUUCUGUUUUAUGUGUUGUAUAUGUAAAUAAUGCACAUAUUCUUGCACCUGUGUGAUUGUGCAUAAUUACUAGAAAUCGCUGAAGUAAAAAAUGAAAAUUGCAUGCAUGCACGUCGUGCGGAUAAUUUGCAUGGCGUGAACUCAUGGUGCUAAACAGAUGCGACCUCAAUUGAUGCUCAUAUGACUCUCACGCGUGAGUGCCACUUGCGUGUGAGUCAUAUAAGCAUCAAUUCCUAUCACCUUGUACCCUACUUUUUAAUAUAUAUAAUGUGUAUUAUUGCAGUUAUAAGAACGUUAAAUUAAAGAAAACAAUAUAUAUAUUUUAUAAAUAUAAAAAUACAUUAAAAGACAUUUAAAGACAUUAAAAAACAUGACAUGACAUGAUAUUUUUAAGACAUUUAAAAAGUAACCAUCGUAUACAUGACAAUUUUAGAAUUAUGUAAGACAUAGUGUAUUAUUGCACAAUACGUAAUGCAUAUUAUUAUUAUUUUUAUACGAAACAUCAUAAAGAAAAUAAUCCUUAUAUUAGGAACACUCAAAAUUUUAUAAAUUUACACAUAUAAAAUACGAAACAUGUCGUCUGCAACUAAAGAUGUUUUUAGAAAUAAUGCAAGUUUCAAUACUACAAAAGAAUAUUCGCAUUUUCUAUGCUAUUUAACAAAAUGUAAUUGUUAAAAAUAUGAUUUAUACAAGGUUAUAAUAGCUAUUGCAUUUUCAACUAGUUCUCUUAAUUACAUAUUAAUACAACAUUUCUUAUUACAACAGAAAAUAUUUAACAAAAGUUUUAACAUAUUAUACUGUAAUAUACUAUUAUUAUUGCAUUUUCAACCUAUAACAAUAAGAGUUUUUCUAUAUUAAUAAAGAUGCAAUAAAAAUAUGCUAUUUUAAUCGCUAUGCAGACAUUUUGUUAUUAAAUAUUUAAAUAUAAUAAAUCGUGCGUGAAUAUUAUAAUAUAUAUAUCUAUUAUUCAGAUAGAAAAUCGUGGAGAAACGGCAAUUUCACGUUUACUCCAUGCGCAUGGAGAACAACAUAAUUGAUCAACUUUAAUCAAAUAUGACCUUAAGAAAAAUAAAACACCAUACUAAUUCUUAA